GAGAAAGAUUACUUUUUGUAUUAGACGAUCCACCAGAUAAGCAAUAUAAUAUAAUGGAUCCUUACAAUCUAACAAAUUCAAUAGGUAUGAGUGAAUUUUUUGAAGAAAACGAAAUUCAAGAGCCAUUCAUAAUUAAAUCAGAUAAAAUAAUUUAUAUAAUUGAUGGAAAAGUGUCAAUUAAAGAUUUAGUACAUGAUAAUUCUGACGAUUGGGUUAAAUAUUUACGAAAAGAACUGAAGGACACAAACAGUAUUACAACACCAUGUGAAAAGACAAUUGAAAUUAUUAGAAAUAGAUUAAAUAAUAACUGUAAUGCAUAUAUUACUGAUAACAAUGAAUUUCCAGGGAAUUAUUUAAAAUGGGGAUUAGAAUUAAGCCAUAAAUCAGUUAUGAUUACAGUACUUGAAUUUAACUAUCGCAAGAAAGAUUGGCAUCCAGAUAGUAAAAAAAAGUGUCUAAAAAUUCUUCCAUCUUUUUAUCCAGAUGAAAAAAAAUUCAUAUUACAUUGUGAAGUUCUUUAUAAUGAUGAUUUUAUUACGAUUACACGUAUUGGUGUAAUUAUCUGGACUUUUAAACUUUGUAGAAUAGCUAAGACGAAAAUCAUUAAGAUGCAUUAUUAUUGGAAUAAUUGUAAUCGUAGUUUAGAGGAUUUCGUACUUGACAAUAACGGUAGUUUCGAUUUUGAAGAAUUCAAGGAUCUCUUUAAUGACUGGACUCUAGGGCGAAUUCUUCCUCCUUCAAAACUAUCAGAAAAUCAUCCUGCAUUUAUAGCUAGUACUUUAUCUUAUAUAGCAUUUGUAGUUCCUUCUGCAAUAGUAGAUCAAGAAUCUACUUCUUCUCAUCUUUCUAGUUACGGAAGAUAUUGUCAUUUAUCUAAAACAUCAUUUUUUGAUAUUUUAACGUCUAAUAUUUUGGAUCAUUUAAUCAAUUUUCAAGAAAGUUUUCAAAAAAGUUUUCAAAAAUUUAAAAAUA